ACACCAAUCAGUCUUGGAGAAUUCGCGAAAUCAUCAAGUCGUGGUGUUAUUGCUGGAGCAAAAAGCUUAACGUGUUUUAUUCACCGUCAAGUAAAGUUUUUACUAAUAAGUGACUUAAAUUUAAGUGAAGUGUAAAAAAGUAUUUUUAAAGAAGUUUUUUAUUGCACAAAAAUUAGUGGUUAAUUAAAAAAAUUUCUAUUCUAGUUGCAACACCAUUGAAGAGUGAAAGAGAUUCAAGAGAUAAGUCUCUGUGUUUUGUGUGAGAGGACGAAAAAUCAAGGAAACUCUCCAUCGGACAUUCCCUUGAACAGAAAUAACGAGGGCAGUCAGUGUGUGAAAAAUUUUUUUGUGCAAAAUUCCCUGAGAGUGACUAUAAUAUAAAAAUAAUUUCAACCAACAACAAAAAAUGCAAUUAAAAAUAGCCCUCUUCUGGACAUUGUGCAGUGUUCUUGUGAAUUUAUCCAAUUGUCAGGAUUUAUCUUCGUCCGCCGAACGGGACACUUAUGAUAAUCUUGAAGAUGUUUCACGCGAUCAACAUCGAUUUGUGGGAUAUAGAACAACAAUAUUCCACGAAAGUGCCACCUUUUCGAAUCCCACCGAAACCGAACCGGAUAUCAUUGAUACAGAAUCCACAAAUACUGAUACGAGUCAAAAAAUUGACACAACAAUCUCAGAAAAUACAGAUUAUCCAGCAUCAGAGACAGUUCUUCAGGAAGCCCUAAUUACAUCUAAUGAGCUAACAUUGAAGAAUGAGACUGAAGAAGGGGAAGAUUCUGAAGAUUUACAGGACAUCAAUGGCGAAGAGAAUGAAUCAGUGACACAUACAGCAGUUCCUACAACAGUCACAGUACCCACAACAACCAAACUAACCACCAUUCAUCCUUCACUCAAGGCUCUAAAUCUCAGAAGGAAACAAACUAAGCAGUAUAGGGUGUACAAAUCUACAGGAGAUGGAAUUGUCAGGAGCUUUCUGGACGAUCCCUACUUGAGAUCUCCACUUGCAAUUCUCAUGGAUACAUCACCAGAACCCCUGAGAAAAGCUAAACUUCUCUGGAAUGCAACUCUACGACCAGCAUCGUCAAUUGAUCUCGUUCUUGUUGCCUUCAACUCUUCAGGAAUAAGUGUGACAUACAGUUUCAAGAAUACAAGGACAAUUAUGGCUGGAAUCGAGAGUGUUAGGGAGUCUCAUCAACCAAGAUCAGAGGAGAAGGCUUUCAUAGGGAUUCUUCGGGCUUCAGAACUCAUACCCUAUGACAGUGCAAUAUUCCUGUCUACAGAUCGAGUUCCACAGAAUGCCGAAUUCUCCCAAGAAGCUGCGAUUGUUCUUCUCAAAAAACGAAUUCGACUCUACCUAAUUUGGUUCGGAAAGCAUGGUCAGGAUGACAAUGAAUCACCUCAUACUGUAAUUGGUGGAAUAUUGGGGGAAGUUGCCCUGAGAACGGGUGGAGAGAUAAUACACAUCACAGAUGAGGCUGUGGAACCCAAUGGAAAUAUUGGAUUGGUCACCCUGUUGCUGAGGAAUGACCUCCAAGGAUCUCAUCACUUCAGCCUACCUAUUGACACAACGGCCGAAACGAGUCUCCACGUGAAGAUUCACGGAAAAAUGGACGAAGCCACACUGGAAACACCCAAUGGUGGUUAGUUUUAUAAAACAAUUUAAAUAUUAGAGAACUCACACAAAACAAUUAAAAUACACACAUUUUUUUUUUAAAUUAACUAUUCUGUUCUGCCAUUGCAAAUCAAUUUACUAUGUAUAUUGCUGAGGAGAUUAUUAUUAUUUUUUCUUUAUAAAAUAAUAGUUAAUACCUAUUAUUGUAAUUAUUCCUCUCUUUGUCUCUGUUUAUUAUUUUUUUUUGUAUAUUUAACUAUAUCAUUUUAUUUUGCUUCUGUGAAUUGUUUAUCCUGCAAUUUUCUCUCACCCAGUUCUAGACAUAAACAGAAUCUCUCUAUCUAUGAAUUCUCUGACAUCGAGGGAUAAUUUUCCAGAGAAUAAAAGAAAAAUAUAGAGAUGAAAAGGCAAUAGAAAAUGAAGAAUACAUAAUGUGGAAAGUACAAAUAAUUGUAGAAUUGUUAUGUAAUAAAUUUUACUCUAAUUGUAAA